AUGUCUCAGAUUAUGGAAACAGACCGAGUUGUUCUCAGUCAUCUAGAAAUUCAGAAUUUUAAAUCGUAUAAAGAUUUAGUUAAAAUUGUAUUAGAUGAAAAAUAUUCGGCGUUAGUAGGUUCAAAUGGAACAGGGAAAUCGAACUUUUUGGACGCUAUUUGCUUUGUAAUGGGGCAAAAUGUUACUCAAUUACGUGGAAAUAAUUUAAAAGAUUUGAUAUAUGGAGCUAUAUGGAAUGAGGAGAUACCUUCCGGGGCUUAUGUGAAGGCUUACUUGAAAAUAAAUGGCAGAGAAGAGAGUUUUAAAAGAACAAUUGAUGUUCACAAAUGCAUAUAUCAAAUUAGUGAUAAGGUUGUGACUUACGCUAAGUAUGUCGAUAACUUGGAAAAAAUUGGCAUUUUUGCCAAAGUUGAGAAUUUCAUCGUUCACCAAGGGGAAGUAGAACACAUAGCAAAUAUGCAUAAAAAUGAUCUUACUUCAAAAUUGGAUGUUUUAUGCGGGUCAUACAAAUUGAAAGAUGAUUAUGAGAGGCUAACCAAUGAGAAAAUCAGGCUUGAAGGGAAGAUAGCAUCUAUUCAUAAAGACCAGAAUAAAAUUUUACGUGAAAUACGGAACUGCAAGGCGCUAAAAAAGGAGGCUGGCAAAUUAACUGUGCUGCAGAAAGAAAUUGAAUAUAGACAAACUACACUAAAAGUUUAUGAAUUGUAUGUUUUGAAGGAAAGCAUUGCCAAAUUAGAAUGCAAAUUAACAGAGCAUUUAGUACAUGUGGACACAAUUGAAAGUAAGAAGCAGACAAUUUUUGAAAGUACUGAUACUUUGCGCAGAGAAUUGAAACAGCUUAACAGAGAAUUGUGGGAAAUAGAACAAAGAAACUUGAAAACGUAUGCUGAUAUCGCUAAACAAAGAGAUCCGUACGUUCAGGCCCAGGAGGAAAUAAUAGGAUUGCGGAAACAGCUUGAUUCUGCCGAAAAAAAUCUGGCAAAAGCUGUCGAGGAGAAGAACGCAUAUGAACAUUCAAUCCAAAAUGUCGAGAGAAAUUAUAACUUAUUUCUGUCAGAAAUCACAGAUUCUGAAUUAUCCACUUCUACUAUUAUUAGUCUGGAGGAAUCCCAGCUUCGAGAUUAUUAUAAUAUCAAAAAUGAAAGCGAUAAGAAAACAGCAUUGCUAACAUGCGAGCAAAUCAAUAUUGAUCGUGCAAUCAAACAGAGGGAAGAUAACUUAAACAGAUUGAUGAUGGAAAAGCAAACCUUACAAAAUCAAAAAGUGGCGCUUGAAGCUAAAAUAGUAAAAAUGGAUUCUGAAAAAUAUGAAAGGCAAAUACAAUCGAUGAAUUUAGAAUUAACUGAAAUACAACAAAGAAGUGACCAAAUUGGAAGGCUGCAAGAACGUCAAAAUAUCUUAUUAAAUGAAAUUGAAGAAAAUAAGUGCAGACUGCAAGAAGCUCGAUGCAGUAAAGAAGAUUAUUUUGAAGAAAAACGAAGGCAGAGUGUUUUAACAAGACUUAAGGAACUACAUGAAGGGGUGUAUGGUCGAUUUUUGGAUCUUUGCCAGCCGAUACAUGCAAGAUAUAAUAUUGCCGCAACCAAAGUGGUAAGAAAAUAUUUGUUUGCAAUAGUCGUAGAUACAGAAUCUACCGCUAAAAGUUGCAUAUCAACGUUGAAAAUGGAAAAACUAGGUAUUGAAACAUUUUUGCCGCUUGACUCUAUUUCAACUAAACGUAUUAUUGAAAACCUUAGAAAUAGAGAAGAAGAGAAUAUAAGAUUGUUAAUUGAUGUACUGCAAUAUGAAAAUACUAUUUAUAGAGCAGUUAAUCAUGUUAUUGGAAAUACCUUGGUUUGCAAAACACCUGAUGACGCAGAUAAAGCAUCAUUAGACUAUAAUCAAAAUCAUGGGGAUAUGGAUUUGGGCUGUGGGAGCACCCCCAGCGAGGGUUCUGGUGCUCUGAGUGAGACCGUUGAAGCGUGA